GCCAAUAUAAAACAAGAAACCCCCUGAAUGUAAACACCAUUGGAAGUGUACACAAUGCUGUCCGCAGAUCGGGACAAUUUCCUUGAAAAAUACGUGGAUAGAAAGAGUGAUUUCGAUAAACGCAGUUGCAGUGAAUGUUUUCGUCACUACGAUUUAGACAGGGACGGUGUAUUAAAGCAGACGGAGUUUGAUGGAUUACUUACUGAUCUUUUCUGUGAUGGAGGUCAGCCAUACACAAUCACCUCUCAGGUGUUGUCACAGUUUAUGGAUUUACUCGAUAUAGACAAGGAUGGCAAAAUUAACAAGAAAGAAUUUAUGGAGAACAGUUUUUAUUGGCUGAAACAGAUCUUACAGCCAGUGUCGGCUCUUGUGAUCGUUGACGUACAGAAUGACUUCCUUGAUGGAAGUUUAUCCCUACGUAACUGCCCUGCUGGACAGGAUGGUAAUGGCGUGAUUCCAGCUAUCAACUCUGUACUGGACACGGUGACCUUUGACCUUGUGGUUUACACGCGGGACUGGCACCCUGCUGAUCACAUAUCCUUCAUUGAAAAUGUUGAUAAACGGCCGCUCCAAACAAACUCACAUAAAACACAGAUGCCUCCCAAAGUGCUGGACACGGUGGUGUUUGAGGGUCCCCCUGUCACGGAGCAGAAGCUGUGGCCUUCCCAUUGUGUUCAGGGCUCGUGGGGUGCAAAAAUUCACCCGGAUCUCAAAUUUGUAGAAGGAGGCGUCAUUGUAGACAAAGGAAUGAGGUCAGAUGUGGACAGUUACUCCGCCUUCUGGGACAACAACAAACUGGCUGAAACAGAUCUAGUCCGAAUCCUGUCCAAACAUAAAGUCACUGAUGUAUACUUGUGUGGUGUAGCGUAUGAUGUGUGUGUAGGUUCGACAGGAUUACAUGCCCUUGAGCAUGGCUACAGAACAGUUCUUAUAGAGGACGCAGCUCGAGGGGUCAACCUUGACGACAUUAGCAACAUGAGGAAAACUCUACAAGAGAAAGGGGCAGUUAUUACCAACUCCUGUAAGGUAAAGGAUCUGGUUGAAGGUGUCGACAGACAGGUUGCUCUUGGAUACCAGACAGCCAAAAAUGUUGCACUGGCCCGAAGCAUGGUCAAGGAGGGAGUGGUCAAGAAAACAGAAUGACAGAUCUAUUUAUAUUUGUCCAUCAUCUUCCAUUGUCCGUUUGCCAUUGUGUGCAGUUAUUAUAGUUUUUCACUGAUUUUUCAAAAAUAUUUGUGUUAGACCUGUCUUGCAAGAUGAUAUUGACAAAUCAGGAGAUUGCUAGCUGAUGCAAUGUUUCUGGUUUGCAUUUAGAAUAAGAUACAUUUAGGGCUUUAUAGUCCAAAAAUAUUGUUCUGAAGUUAGUAUGUUUCCUUAACAAGUUUUAUCUUUUCAUUACUUAGUGAUAUGUAGGAAAGAAGCCAGUAAGGGUGAGGGUCACCUGUGUUUGACCCCAAACUGGUUAGUUCUGGUGUAGUUUAUUGUGUAUCUCGGGAUAUCCUUAUAUUUACAUGGAGAAAAACAAAGAUCUGUAUAUUAUUAAGAGUAAACAAAUGUCCAAGCAUUCCAUUUCAAAGGCAAUAUGUGAUAUGUAUUACAAACUCAAAAUGUAUUUCAGAUAUUUUGUUUUGAAAUUUUGUCAUUUUUGACUUUCCAGAGACAUAAGACACCUAUCAUUAUUAAUAUGGUCUCACCAUAACCUUUGUGUCAUAGCUAAAUUUGUUUUUUUAUUUCAUAAAUUAAUUGAUUGAUUAUUGAUUCAGAUUAACCACAAAAACAAUAUUUCAAGAAUAACUGCUGCAGGGGAGAUAACUCUGUAACUUUAAACAGCUGUAUUAUAAAAUUACUGCAACAGGGGAGACAACUCUGUGAAUCACUUCAGACUAAUGUAUCUUAUGAAAUAUUACAUCACAUGUAUAUAUUUUAAAAUUGCAGCCACUGUUUGAGCUUUGUCUGAAUUCAAUGUUGAAGAUGAUCUAAGACUCUUGUUUCUGUUGAGAGUAGUACGUUUAAUGAGGGUGUAAUAACUUCUACAAAAAAAUAAUGAGAUCUUUGUAUGGUAAGAAAUUCUAGGAUUCUGGCUAUUAUAGAGAUCUUUGUAUGGUAAGAAAUUCUAGGAUUCUGGCUAUUAAACAUUUACAGUUCCUCAUGGUUGUGUUCUUUUGCAAGAUACUGUUUUAAACACCAGCACCUGGCACUAAAGCUUAAUGUCCAUUGUGAUUUCAGUCAAUAUGUUACGAUGUAAUAUUGUGUAUAUUCUGUUAGUGAUCUGUAACACUAUAACUGUCCGUCUUACUAAGUGGCAUUACUAGACACUGUGAUAACUGAUGUACAUGUAUAAAGCGUCUUCUGUACUACACUCUCUAGGGAAUAACAUGGCAAUGUAUUUAUAAAAAUGUGUAUAAAAGGUCUAUAGGUUUGUUGAGGAACUUCAUUGGUACAUUAUAUAAGUUUGUUGAGGAACCUCAUUGGUACGUUACUGUAUUUUUCUACCAAACAUCCUAUACCAAUGUACCAUCAUACACUUUGAAGUAAAUAAACCACACACACAAGCAAAAUAUCAAAAUCUUCAACUUAGUUCUUAUAAGUUAUAUCAGUUAUUCAAUAAUUGUCCAAUCUUCCUUAUCAAGUAUGACCUGUAAAAUAAGAAACAUCAUGACAGUUUAUGAUAGUUACUUAAAAUGUAACAAGUCGAUAUUUGAUCUCUUUGUAUAUCUACAAUGUAUAUUAAUUCCAAACAAAAUUCAACAUUGUACAUUUUGUAUUAGAAAAUAAUUUAAAAAAAUAUUUCCUUCAUCUAUAUUUGUUAAAUAAAACAUAUUUUUAUAGCCAUGGGUAGGAAUUAUAAGGUUCCUAAUAUAGGUAUAGGAAAGAGGGUUGCAGCUCUGUGAACAGUUACCUCCCUUCACUUUGGAAAACACUUUGGGCCUGUUCGUUUAUGCGGAACAACUGGUUUGACCAUUU